UCCAAAUAUGACAUGUGAGCAAUGACUAAAAAUCUACAAUAAAAAUAAUACGGAGUAAUGCGUGUAGUGAUCAAGUUAUCAUGGACCAUGUAUCAAAUUUCAUCUAUGUCACUUGAUAAUUUGGUAGCACCGAGUCACUGUUCUUUGUGGCUAUGAGGCUAUCUAUAUGCCCUCCGAAAAAAAUACGAAGUGAUAAAUAAAAAAGAAAAAAAAAUUCCCUUUCUGUUUUGAGACCCUUCAACAAUAAACUGAAAAUCAAAACAGCUUCAAACAUCAAUCUCUUCAUCAUGCCGACGACGACGAGCAACAUCAGCAGCAAGUGCAACAUCAGAGCUCUUUGGAUUCUCAACAAUGUCGAUUUCGUCGUCUUCUCCAGGAGGUUUCUUACUGUUGAGCGCCGAUGGCGUGCUGCCUGCAAAUCGAAGACUGAGAAAGUUGUGGAUGAAAACAAUGAUGAUAAACCUACUGUAUCGACUUCGCUUCCCAAUGAUUCGGAGUUUUCCGAGGCGUUUACCAAUCGGAGGAAGAGGGAGGGAUCUGCUCGUGGUUCUGGCAUACGUGUCGCUGAAUCAGUUCAGGGGUCAGAUUCCUGGGUUGAUGACCCUAUUGUGCGCCACAUUAUAAGUCUCCAUAUUGAUCAUGAAGAAGGAGAGGGCUACAUGUUAUGGCCAUUAAUUUUUCAUGUGAAGGGACCAUACUGCAUCUUGGUAUUGCCAUUAGUGGAGCCAAAGCAUGUGAAAGCAUAUGAGAGACUUUACAAGAGAUCAGACUGUGGAACAGCUAUUGGCAUGGACCCAAAUUUAUCCUCUUUACUGUUUGAUCUCCCUUCCAUCACAGGGGCUUUUAUGCUUGCACAUGUCAUCGGAGACAUAAUCACGGGGGAUUUUGCUGAACCUGAGAUAGCUGUUAGUGCAUCACCAUCAGUAGGAGGGCUGCUUGAUUCCCUCACCGGAAGCAUUGGGAUAUCAAGUAUAUCUGCAAGAGGCAAACCAGUUCCUGCAUCAGUCCCCAAUUCCCCUGCAUCUCCUGCUUCUCUAGCUGGUUCUGUGCUGUCAGAUGCUCAAAAAGCUGGUUCCAGGCCACUGGAAAAAGAUGCUUUACAAUCUUUCAUCAGCAGCUCAAUGCCCUUUGGUACUCUGUUGGACCUCAGCUACUCCAAUCUUUCAGCUAUCAGGCUGAAUGGCUUCUCUGCCACAGAUGUGCCCCCUGCAGAUGUCAAGCAGCCAGCUUGGAAGCCCUAUCUUUACCGAGGAAAGCAGAGAAUUCUGUUCACUAUCUAUGAGACAAUUAAUGCUUCCAUGUAUGACCGUGAUGAGAUCCCUGAUAGCAUUUCGAUCUCAGGCCAAGUUAAUUGUCGAGCAGAAUUGGAGGGGUUACCUGAUGUUUCCUUUCCCUUGACUGGCCUGAACAACUCUCGCGUUGAGGUUUUGUCAUUCCAUCCAUGUGUUCAAGUUCCAGAGCAUGGCAUUGAUAAGCAAUCUCUAGUUUUUUCACCGCCGUUUGGUAAUUUCACUUUAAUGCGUUACUUGACAUUCUGCAACCUUGGACCUCCGGUCAAGGGAUUUUACCAGCUCUCCAUGGUGUCAGAAAAUGAAGGUGCAUUUUUAUUCAAAUUACGACUUAUGGAUGGUUAUAAGGCUCCACUUGCAAUGGAAUUUUGUACUAUUACAAUGCCCUUUCCUCGAAAAAAGGUAGUCUCUUUCAGUGGGACACCAUCUAUUGGAACUGUGUCUUCUACAGAUCACUCAAUUGAGUGGAAAAUUAUUACAAGUGGGAGGGGAGCUUCAGGAAAGAGUGUUGAGGCAACAUUUCCAGGAACUGUUAAAUUUGCACGCUUACGGUCGCAAAAAUCUCUUGGCUCAGUAAGAGGGACAAGAUAUGAUGAAGAUAGUGAUACAGAAAUGGAGAAUGCAAAUAAUGGUGUUAAUAUUGAGGAGUUUCUGGAAGAAAAGAUGAGAAAAGAUCUGCCACCAAUCGAUUUAGAAGAACCAUUUUGUUGGCAGGCUUAUGACUAUGCUAAGGUGUCCUUCAAAAUCAUGGGGGCUUCAUCAUCUGGAAUGUCUGUUGAUACGAAACAUGUAAACAUCUAUCCUGCUGUUAAAGCGCCUAUUGAGUUUUCUACUCAGGUUACUUCAGGGGAGUAUAUUUUGUGGAAUACAUUGGGGAAAUGCCCUUCUGCUGCCAUGCCUACUGCCUAAGGAUGAGCAAGGACUGAAGCUCAACUACUCAACUGCUCUUUUAACCUACCAUACUUAGCAAAGUUGCUUGUAGCUUAUUGGUCGAGUUCUAAUGCAUGUAUACAGUCGAAGGAGAGAUCUACUUGGGAUUAAUCAAUUUUGUUGUGAUACAAUGAAAAGUUGUAUAUUCUGGCAAUUGCCGCUGAUGAUUAGCGACUAAUGAGAAAUCUUUGCUCUCUAAUCUUAGUUACAGGAACCCCUUGUUUAUGACAAUGCAAGGACAAUUUUGUACAGCUAAUCUUGGGCAUCUGGGGAUAUCCACGUAAUCCUCAAAAGUGCAUCUCAUAUUCUUGAGAAAGUGAAGAAAUAAAAGGACAUUUUUCUAAAAUUUUCAUUUUCUUUUCCCGAAUCCAAGCAUCAGAGCAUAGUACUGCCCCUUUUUUCUUUUCCUUCUUUCUUUUUUUCAUGGCACAUCAAAUAAUUACUUUAUGCUCCUGUAUAAAUGUUUGUAAUCCAAUUCUUACAACUAAUUUUAUUCUGUUGAUUUUCUUGCA